CCGAAGUCGUGUGUCCUCCGUGGUGCCUGGUUGUUUCCUUGGGCCCGGAGGCUGCGGAGCGAUUUGUAAGGCGGGAACCACGGAGACGCGGUUGGGUUCGAUAGGUAAAAAGCCGUCUCUUCCGCUCGCUGCCUGAGAGGCGCAGGGCUCAACCCAGGCAUCAUGGACUGCCGUCGGGAUAGGUUGACCGCGGUGGUCCCGGGGCAGUUUGACGACGCGGAGUCCUCGGACAGUGAAAACAUAGAAGUGAAAUCAGUCGAAGCAAAAGAUGACAUUCUACUUAAAAACCUUCAGAAUGAUGUGACAGAGGUCAAGGGCGAAGAUGAGAUUGAGGAGGAAGACAACUAUGAUGAUGGCAUUGACUGGUACUGGGAUGAUGGGACUGGAAAACUCAUCAAGAGCUGUACCUGGAAUGGAGGCAGUAACCCUCAGGCAAAUCGACAGACGUCUAACUACAACUCAGCCAAAAUGUCUACUCCAAUUGACAAGUCCUUGCGAAAAUUUGAAAAUAAAAUCAACCUAAAUAAACUGAAUGUCACUGAUUCUGUCAUAAAUAAAGUCACUGUAAAGUGUAGACAAAAAGAAGCAGAAUCGUAUCGCAUAAAAGAUAAGGCUGACAGAGCAACUGUCGAACAGGUGUUAGAUACCAGAACAAAGAUGAUUUUAUUCAAGAUGUUGCAUAGAGAAGACAUAUCAGAAGUGCAUGGCUGCAUUAGCACUGGAAAAGAAGCUAAUGUAUACUAUGCUAGUACAGCCAGUGGAGAGAGCAGAGCAAUCAAAAUAUACAAAACUUCUAUUUUGGUGUUCAAAGAUCGUGAUAAGUAUGUAACUGGGGAAUUCAGAUUUCGUCGUGGCUAUUGUAAAGGAAACCCUAGAAAAAUGGUGAAGACGUGGGCAGAAAAGGAAAUGAGGAACUUAUCCAGGCUAAGAACAGCAGACAUACCAUGUCCAAAGCCAAUCAGAUUAAAAAGUCAUGUUCUUCUCAUGGGCUUCAUUGGCAAAGAUGACAUGCCUGCACCGCUUUUGAAAAAUGUUCAGUUGUCAGAAUCUAAGGCCCGGGAGUUGUACCUGCAGGUCAUUCAGUACAUGAGGAAAAUGUAUCAGGACGCUAGACUUGUCCAUGCGGAUCUCAGUGAAUUCAACAUGCUGUACCAUGGUGGAGAUGUAUACAUCAUUGAUGUUUCUCAGUCUGUGGAGCAUGACCACCCACAUGCAUUGGAGUUCUUGAGAAAAGACUGUGCCAAUGUCAAUGAUUUCUUUUUCAAACAUGGUGUUGCUGUGAUGACUGUGCGGGAGCUCUUCGAGUUUGUCACAGAUCCUUCCAUCACUGUUGAGAACAUGGAUGCUUAUCUGGAAAAGGCUAUGGAAAUAGCUUCUCAAAGGACCAAGGAAGAAAAGACUAGCCAAGAUCAUGUGGAUGAAGAGGUGUUCAAACAAGCAUAUAUUCCCAGGACCUUAAAUGAAGUAAAACAUUACGAGAGAGACGUGGAUAUAAUGAUGAGAUUGAAGGAGGACGACAUGGCCCUGAACACUCAACAAGAUAACAUUCUAUACCAGACUGUCACGGGAUUGAAAAAGGAUUUGUCAGGAGUCCAGCAGGUUCCUGCGCUCCUAGAAAAUGAAGUUCAAGAAGAGACUGGUUUUGACUCAGAAGAUGCUGGAAGCUCUGAGUGCUCUGCCACAGACCCUGAAGAACAAGGAGGUCAUGCCCGAUGCAAAAACCACACUGCUGCCCCUGACCUUGAUAAAAAGGAAAGAAAAAAGAUGGUCAAAGAAGCUCAGAGAGAGAAGAGGAAAAAUAAAAUUCCUAAACAUGUGAAAAAGAGAAAGGAAAAAACAGCCAAGGCCAAAAAAGGCAAAUAGAAGGGAGACAUCCCUCAGCUGCUUUUUAACCCUGCAGUAGAAGUUGUAGCUGGGGGAUGCUGCUCUCUUUACCAUCUCACUGUCGGGGAAGACUGGGGUGCAAUCGUGUGACUGCUUCAAAAGACCAAAGCCCAUAAUGUCGGGAUCCAGUCCUGCCUCUUGUUCUAACAGAUUUAUUAAGGUACUAUUUUAGUGAAUAACUUUAUAUGUUUUAUUUUUAUAUUUUUAUCUUGCAAACAUUUUUUCAGAAGCAUCAAUAAAUGUUUGUGAUGAACACCCACAGCCUUUCUAAAGAUGAGCAUAAAGGCAAGUGAACAAACUUGGGACCAUUUGUUUUCUUUGUGUAUGCCAAAGACACAC